AUGCCGCUGGAUGCCACCCCGCCCCAGCGGGAUUCGUGGUUCGCGCCCCUGUCCAUCGACCUCAUCGUCAAGGUCCUGAAGACUAGUUUCUUCCACCCCUUCAUCGCCUGGAUUGUCCCGCUAUGCUUCCGCGCCCAAAACAUGUUUUGGGACGCACCACCCAUGCUCGUCUCUAUCGCCUGGGCCACGCUCAUCUCGCUAUCCUGGAUCGCCGCCACCAUUAACGAGCGUGUCGCUUUCGGUCUACCGCGCGAGGUUGAUUUGAGCGAGGAAGUUAUCGUCAUAACGGGUGGAGCGAGCGGGCUAGGCUUACUGAUUGCCGAAGUGUAUGGUAUGCGCGGCGCUACAGUUGCUGUGCUGGAUGUGGCUGAGAUGGAGAAUGGCGAGGCUCGGGGCGUGACCUACUACAAGUGCGAUGUCACGGAUAAGGACCAAAUUGCCCGCGUGGCCGCCGAGAUCGAGAGAGAUCUCGGAACACCAACGGUCCUAAUCAACAACGCAGCUAUCGUCAUUGGAAAGCCCCUCCUCGACCUCACCUUCCCCGAGAUUGAACGCUCCCUAUCGACCAACCUACUCAGCCACUUCUACACCCUCAAAACCUUCCUGCCCGCUCUGGCGCGAAAUGAGCGCGGGGGCACCAUUGUGACUGUCUCAUCUGUCAUCGGUACUGUUGGAGCGGCUCAAUUGACCGACUACGCGGCUGCCAAAGCCGGCAUUUCGGCUUUGCACCGCUCACUCGCCGCCGAGCUUCGCCAGUCGCACCCAAAGAUUCGGACCGUUCUCGUCACGCCGGGCCAGCUAAGCACUCCGCUCUUCUACGGGGUGCAGACGCCUAACCGCUUUAUUGCUCCCGUUGUUGAGCCGGUUGAUGUCGCCAAGGAGAUUAUUGCUGCGAUUGACCAUGGCAAGAAUGCCGCGAUUGGCAUGCCGUUGUAUGCGCGGUGGAUUGACUGGUACCAUGUGCUACCAGUCGCGUUGCAGGCAAUUGCGAGGCGGUUGGCGCAGGUUGAUCGGGCGAUGGACACGUUUGUGGGUAGGAAGGGGUUAAAGAGGGAGAGCAGCAAGGAGGGUCCACUGAUAGAAGAUCUGUAG